UUGUUUUCUUCCUCAGUUUUCUCGUUGGAGAGGUCUCUCUCGGCUACCGUCCACGGCGUCGAAACGGAUCCUGAAGGAGCUCAAUGAUCUCCAGAAAGAUCCUUCUACUUCCUGCAGUGGUGGUUUAGUAUUCUUUCUACUCUUGUUCCUUUUUACUAUCUCUCUCUAUAUAUUUUUUUUUCACUUUCUAAGAUUGGUCUAGUGAUUUCGUUUUCAUCGGUUAUUGGAGACUCCGAGCAACUUCGUUGUUGUUCUUUUAUUUGGAAAUUAAGUGGAUCGCAAUGUUUGUUUGUGGAUUGCGUGAAAAAGUAACAACUCUGAAAUUCAAUUAUCAUGUUUGUAAUUAUCUAAGCAUGCGGAGGUCUACGAAAAUCGGUUUUGGAGUUCUUAGCACUGAUUUGCAUUCUCAAUUUUGUGGUUUACGCGUAGGAUAUGGUUUAAUUUGGCUCUUCUCUAAACAAUUCAUUGUACUCCGGAAUGGAAUUCGGUAAUAUGGAAACUGAAUCGUGUAUUAGAGUUUGAUUUAUAUGUAUAUGUUAAGCUUAUUGAAGCAAGGUUCUAUUGAGUCAAAAACUAUAGAUACCGGUACAUUUAUUGGCUUAUGGAUCUUUUUGACUUUAGUUCUCUAUACUAUAAAGAAUUGAUUCUAUGAAUUUUCACGUUUUAAAUCAUAGUUGUUUUUUAAUUGAGCUAGACUCAGAACAGUAUAACCGCUUAAGAUUUGAGUAGUCAACACUUUCAAUUCAUUUGGACUUAGUAAAUUUCUAUAUCCCGUUACCAUAUUGUGGUUCUUGUUUUAUUAAUUAUUCUAAUGUCUGUAAUAUGUGUGUUGUCACUGUUUUUAUUACUUAUUUGAUUAAUAACUCAGUAAGUCAGUGCUAGAAGUUAUUUUCACACUUCCUGAGCUAAACAGUUCAGUUAUGACCACCUAAAGGCCAUAAAGUGUUUGACUGGGAAAAUAGUAUAACGAACGAUUUUUAACGUAUCACAUUGGAUGUUAUUGAUAAUUUUCUGCACAUUUUUCAUGUAAAUUGAUUUAGAUGUUAUUGUUGUGAAAUAGGCUUACUGCCUAUUUUACCAUAGUAGCGCUAUCUUUAACUAAAUGUGAAAACUAGAUUUGGGGAAAAUAAGUGUAAUGACUUGAUUAAGGUGAAAAUUUAACUUAAUCAGAGAUAUGUCUUCUUAGGUUCUUGGACACCCAUUGGUGGAUGGAACUCCCUUGUUCUUGAUUUUGGAAUGCUAUAGUGUAAAUCUUGGGAGUUUAUCUCUUAAUUUCAGGAAUUUUAUGAUAUUUCAAUUUCCGGGUAGCUUUCUACUGGGCAGCAAAUAUUUUAUUCUCGUGUGGGGAGGUCAUCCAUUUAAAAGAACGACCGACUAUCAAGGUCACUUCAAGGGUAGAUGGGGUUUUUAAUGCAAUGUUGAGAUUGUAUUUCUUGUGUUGUUUCUUCUAGGAAUAGUUUUGAUUGGGUCGUGCUAAUUGGAGACUGUUUUUGCAUCCGUCAUUGGCUAUCGUGGGGGAUGGAGUCUUUUCUUUCUCUUCUCUUCUGUUUUCCUUCUUCCUUGAUAAAAUUUUUAGUUUUGUGAGAUUGUAGGAUUAUUGCUAUGUAUCAUUUAUUAUGUCACGGGAGUCCUUACCUACAACUUUUUACGUUGCUUCAGUUUAUCAUUUGUCUAGGUUGCUUUCAGGACAAUGGUUUUUCACCCAAACAUUAACAUUAACGGUAGUAUUUGCUUGGACAUCUUGAAAGAGCAAUGGAGUCCAGCUUUGACUAUAUCAAGGGUUUUGACUUCUCAAUGACAAUUUUAACAUUAAACUCCUAGAUGUUUGAAUUUUAUUAUCUUGUGCCUUUUUUACACUAUGGCUUUGGAUCAAAUUCUUUGAGUUGCCUGUUGAUCAACAUUUACAAUUUUAUUGCUUAACUAGGGUAUCAAGGCACUAUCAUUAUGUGCAUAUAUUAAAGAGGGGAAAAAAAAAACAGAAACCCCCAUUUUGUUGAUAUAAUUUCGUUCAUGGUACUCGGGCAUAUUGAUGUAGUAAUGUGAUGGCAAUUGUACUUUAGUGCUCAACACUCUGAACAGUUGUCACAUUUCAUGUCAUCUUUAUUUUAUUACAAUAUUUCUCUAAUUAUAGUAAUAGUCAUCAAUCCAAAUUAUAGUGAGCCAUCAGGACAUAAAAAAAAUUUAAAUCCAAGAACGUGUUAGGUGAAAACACUAAGCAAACAACUUAGACCAACCGCUGAGAAAGUAUGAUUGCAACCAUAUAUGGAGCAUAUAAAAUGCACACAUGUUGCUCUUGGGUGACAGCAUGAUAUCCUGGUUAGAUUUCAUUUUUAUGAAAUUUAUACUGUAAACUUGUGAGGGUUACUUAUCAUUUGAGUAGUGCAAUGGGUACCAAGGGGUCACUGGCCAAUGUUGACACAGGGAGACCAUGGUAUGUUUUCUGAGAAAGUCUAUUGCCUUCCGCCAAAAAUCCUGUUCAUUUUCUUAUGAUAUAUAUGGUGUAAUGCAUCUUAUUCUAGAAUAUUGAAUCGUUGUCUGCUCUUCAGCAUCUUUGGCUAACAUUAUUGAGAAUACAUAGUGAUUGUCAAUCAUUUUCUGCAUAUCCAUUUCACUUUUUUCCUAGCUUCGAUUAAUUAUACAGUUUUUCAAUGGUUGGGAAGGGUUUCUGUUUCAUAUUCUGGUGUUACUUUCUAUUUGCUCCCUUUCGACAGAUGCCAACCCAGAUGAUCUACUAGUGCCAGAAAUUUCUCAUUUAUACAAGACCGAUAGGGCCAAGUAUGAGACAACUACAAGGAGCUGGACUAAAAAAAUAUGCGAUGGGCUCGUUUGUAUUAUGGGAAGGGUAUGAGGGAUGUCACUGUUGGUUCUCAUCUCCAUGACCUGUGAAUAUUAAUCCUAGAUUUCAAGCCAGUGAAGAAACUAUCUCGCAUCAUGGCUUCUUAUGGAUGAUGGAGGAUAAAGGCGGAAAAUGGGCCAGAGCGCCGAGCUGCUCCAAUUGCAUUUCCACCCCCACUUGAAUUCUGAGGCUUAGAGAGCCAUCAAAUUCGAGUCUCCAUUAAUGGGUCGAGUUUGUUCCGGCGGAAUUAGGUUCAGAGAAAUCCGAACCACCACCCACAAAUCGGCGACGGAGACCAAAUUGGUUCGAAUUUCGUUCACCGACGGCGACGCCACCGAUUCCUCGAGUGGGGAAGACGAAGAGCCAAUCUCCAUCCGCCACGUCAAACGCCACGUGACUGAGAUCAGGCUUCUCACUCGUAGUUCCAAAAAAUCGUCGCUGAAAUCGGGAGCUGAACCGCUGCGUAACUCGAAGAGUUACAGAAAGUUCCGGGGAGUUAGGCGACGGCCGUGGGGGAAAUGGGCUGCCGAGAUCAGAGACCCUUUCCGGCGGACUAGAGUUUGGCUUGGUACCUACGACACGCCGGAGGAAGCUGCCGUCGUGUACGACCAAGCCGCCGUCCGCCUUAAAGGCCCCAACGCUCUAACCAAUUUCGCCGAAGCUCCCAUUUCCAAAAGUACUGUUACCACACUUCUAACUCCGCCGCCGCUGGCGGUGGCGGUGGCGGUGGCGAUUUCCGAUAGAGAAGAAUCUCGGUGUCUGUGCUCUCCGACUUCCGUUUUGAGAUUAGAAGAACAAAUUUGGAGACCCAUUGAGCAUGUAAACGAAGAAUCAGCAUUAGAAAUGGAAUUAAAUUGGUUAUAUGAUCGGAAUUCCAACAGUUUGUUGUUCAAUUCAAGAACCCCACAGCCCAUAAAUUCCGACGAAGUGGAAGAUUUCGGCGACAUUCCGAUGGAUUUCGAAUCAUGCAAAUGGGAUGUUGAGAAUUAUUUUCAAGAUCCAACCUUUAGUAUUUCACUCACUCACUGACAGACUGACAAAUUCGCUAUCUUUUUUAAUUUAUUUUAUUUAUUUUGUUAUUAUUAAAUUUUAAAAUUUCGUUGCCUUUAAAUUUGUAUUCUAACAUAUGUUUUAUUUAUAUGCUUUUUAUUUUUUGGAGUGAAUUGUAUUGUAUGGAAAUAGAAUAGUGAAGGUUAAACUUUAUGUAAUCAACUUUUU